UAGAAGUUGAGCUGUCGACUAGAAACUACGACCCGAAUAUAUUUGUCAUGUAUCGUCAUUGUUUUUCGUUAACGAUCAUCGCGUUAAUAUCGACGACAACGAUCGAUGGAAUAUUAACAAGAGGAUCAUCGUCAGUGAAUACAUCAUCCUUCGUUAAAUUUAUCGAGGAUCGAUCGAAGAUCGAAUUAAUUUCACCUUCCUUCUUUCAUCUUCAUAAAUUCAAAUUAGAAAAGUUAGAAAAAAUUGCUAGUACUCCACCGACUACGGAUUGCAUUUGUGUACCUUAUUAUCUUUGCGAUCCUAAUACCACCAUCAUAACCGACGGAGCAGGAAAUAUAGAUAUCAGGUAUCGGAGAUGUACCGGGGAUUUGGAAGUUUGUUGCAAAUUACCUAAUACCACUGCAGCUCCUAUUGUCACUCCAACAACAACUACUACUACUACUACUACUACUACACCUAAACCACCUCCUAUGACAGUUCCUACGAUAGUUCCUACGACACCUCCUACAACCCCUCCUACAAUCCCUCCUACAACACCUACAACACCUCCUACAACACCACCUACGACCGUAACAACUAUGCAAUCUACGCUUCCUCCAAUAAUCUUUCCAACGGGUUAUCCUAUCCUACCUACUGGAAUACCUGGUCUUAAUUGCAUAUGCGUAUGGAGUUGGCAAUGUGAUCCCCAAAACAUUGUAGUGAUUGGUACAUCAGGAGAAGGUAUUAUUAUUCCGCGUCAACAGACAUCUCUCUGUCCAGGUGUAGGACAGGUUUGUUGCAAAUUAACAUCUAACAUUGUACCAACUAUUAUAACACCGACCGUACAACCCCAAGGACAGAUUUGUAUUAUUUGCGGGAAUACAUUGCAAUGUACUAAUGGGGCUAAUCUCGUUAUACCGUCAUCCGGUAAUGGACCCAUUACCAAUGUCGAUACAACCGUUAUUAUUAAUGGCCUUGGACAAAUGAAAUUCCCAGGGACAUCUAAUGCUUGUUACUGUGUCAAAAGUUGGCUCUGUACACAAGGGAAUGUCAUUAAUAUCGAUGGAGCUGGUAUUAUCGAUCCAAGAUUUACCAUUUGUACGUCAGCCGAUGAAGUUUGUUGUAGGCCAGCUGGUAUCAUUGCAUCAAAUCAACUGUACUCUAAUAUACCUGCUGGACCACGUGAUCUUGUUAUUAAUAAUCCGAUGGGUCCUCUUGAUAUUCAAGUAGUAUGCGGUAUUCGUGGUACAGCUAAUGCACCUGCAACACCUUAUCCAUUAUCAUCAGGCAAGACCUAUUUCGCUGAAUUUCCAUGGAUGGUAUCACUUUUUGUUAAACAACCCGAUGGUAAAUAUUUGUAUCGAUGUGGUGGUUCUAUGAUCAACAACGGAGCUGUCUUGACUGCUGCGCAUUGCGUUACGAAUCAAGAAAACGGUGUAUUCAUCGCCCGAUUCGGACAAUGGAACGUGAAAAAUAACAGCGAACCUAUUCAAGAAGCAGGAAUAAAAGCUAUCAUUCCUCAUCCAUAUUAUUAUAGCGGCGGUUUGUUUCACGAUGUAGCCAUAUUGAUAUUAAAUUCAACAGUGAAUUAUGCAACAAACGUGAUACCGAUAUGUCUUCCUCAACAAGGAAUGACUUUUUCAUCCGGUACUAGAUGUCUCGGAACAGGUUGGGGCAGUAGUGCUUUUGGUUCAAAUGGUGAAUAUCAGGCGGAAUUAAGAAAAGUAGAUCUACCAAUUGUAGAACGAUCAGAUUGUCAGAAUCGUUUGAGAACGACGGAUUUAGGACAAUAUUUUUUAUUACAUGGCUCGUUCAUUUGCGCUGGCGGUGAACCCAACAAGGACACUUGCCGUGGCGAUGGUGGUGGUCCUUUGGUUUGUCCAACGGCAACUGGACAAUUUAUUCAGGCUGGUAUAGUGUCCUGGGGCAUUGGUUGUGGCGAAUCUAAUAUACCUGCCGUUUAUGCCAGUGUAUCUCAGCACAAACAAUGGAUCGAUCAACAACUCGCGAAUUAUGGUGUACAAUAUUAAAAAAAAAAAGAGAAAAAAAAAAAAAAGAAAAAUCAAGGUAGUUAUUAUUGGUAUAUAAAUAAAAAUUUCAUAUCUAGUCCUGCCGAUCUGAUUUUUAUUUUUAAUUUUAUCUUUCUUUUGCCUUUUUUUUUCCUUACUUUUUUUUUUUCUUCUUCAUUUUGUUUAAUUCUCUUUCUUCGAUGCGAAAUAAUUGUUCCCAUACGACAAUUGAACGUU